UCCCCCGCCGCCAGCAUGAUCGCCGCGCAGCUCCUGGCCUAUUACUUCACCGAGCUGAAGGAUGACCAAGUCAAAAAGAUUGACAAGUAUCUCUAUGCCAUGAGGCUCUCCGAUGAAACUCUGAUAGAUAUCAUGACUCGUUUCAAGAAGGAAAUGAAGAAUGGCCUCUCCCGGGAUUUUAACCCAACAGCCACGGUGAAGAUGUUACCAACAUUUGUAAGGUCCAUUCCUGAUGGUUCAGAAAAGGGAGAUUUCAUUGCCCUGGAUCUUGGCGGGUCUUUCUUUCGAAUUCUGCGGGUGCAAGUGAAUCAUGAGAAAAACCAGAAUGUUCACAUGGAGUCUGAGAUUUAUGACACCCCGGAGAACAUCGUGCAAGGCAGUGGAAGCCAGCUUUUUGAUCAUGUUGCCGAGUGCCUGGGAGACUUCAUGGAGAAAAAGAAAAUCAAGGACAAGAAAUUGCCUGUGGGAUUCACAUUUUCUUUCCCUUGUCGGCAAUCCAAGAUAGAUGAGGCCAUCCUGAUCACUUGGACAAAGAAAUUUAAAGCAAGUGGAGUGGAGGGAGCAGAUGUGGUGAAGCUGCUCAGCAAAGCCAUCAAAAAGCGUGGGGACUAUGACGCCAGCAUUGUGGCUGUGGUGAAUGACACAGUGGGGACCAUGAUGACAUGUGCAUAUGACGACCAACAGUGUGAAGUUGGCCUCAUCAUUGGCACUGGCACGAAUGCUUGCUAUAUGGAGGAACUGAGAUACAUAGACCUGGUGGAGGGCGACGAGGGGAGGAUGUGCAUCAACACGGAGUGGGGGGCCUUUGGGGACGAUGGAGCCCUGGAAGACAUCCGCACCGAGUUCGACCGGGAGAUAGACCGGGGGUCUCUCAACCCCGGAAAACAGCUGUUUGAGAAGAUGGUCAGUGGCAUGUACCUGGGGGAGCUGGUUCGACUGAUCCUGGUCAAGAUGGCCAAGGAAGGCCUCUUAUUUGAAGGGCGGAUCACCCCAGAGCUACUCACGAGAGGAAAGUUUAACACCAGUGAUGUGUCAGCCAUUGAAAAGAAGAUGGAAUUAAAAUGUGGAGAAAGAAAAAAAAUGUGGAGAAAGAAAAGAAGGGGUCCCAGAGGUCCCCGACAGAUGGCUCAAUCCAACUGUGAUGCACCCCCUUCCCUCCCACCAUCCUCCAGGUAUUCCCGGCGUUUCCACAAGACUCUGAGGCGCUUGGUGCCUGACUCUGAUGUGCGUUUCCUCCUCUCGGAGAGUGGCAGUGGCAAGGGGGCCGCCAUGGUGACCGCGGUGGCCUACCGCCUGGCCGAGCAGCACCGGCAGAUAGAGGAGACCCUGGCCCACUUCCGCCUCACCAAGGAGAUGCUGCUGGAGGUGAAGAGGAGGAUGCGGGCCGAGAUGGAUUUGGGGCUGAAGAAGCAGACACACGAAAAGGCAGCAGUCAAGAUGUUGCCCUCCUUCGUCCGAAGCACUCCAGAUGGGACCGAGCACGGUGACUUCUUGGCCCUGGAUCUUGGAGGAACGAACUUCCGUGUCCUACUGGUGAAAAUCCGUAGUGGGAAAAAGAGGAUGGUGGAAAUGCACAACAAGAUCUAUGCCAUUCCCACUGAAAUCAUGCAGGGCACUGGGGAAGAGCUGUUUGACCACAUCGUCUCCUGCAUCUCUGACUUCCUGGACUACAUGGGGAUCAAAGGCCCCAGAAUGCCUCUGGGCUUCACCUUCUCAUUCCCCUGCAAGCAGACGAGCUUGGAUGCGGGCAUCUUGAUCACCUGGACGAAGGGUUUUAAGGCAACCGACUGUGUGGGCCAUGAUGUAGUGACUUUACUAAGGGAUGCUGUAAAAAGAAGAGAGGAAUUCGACCUGGAUGUGGUGGCUGUGGUCAACGACACGGUGGGCACCAUGAUGACCUGUGCUUAUGAGGAGCCCACCUGUGAGGUUGGCCUCAUCGUAGGGACCGGCAGCAAUGCCUGCUACAUGGAAGAGAUGAGGAACGUCGAGAUGGUGGAGGGAAAUGAGGGACGAAUGUGCAUCAACAUGGAGUGGGGGGCCUUCGGGGACAAUGGGUGCCUAGAUGAUAUCAGAACAAACUAUGACAGACUGGUGGAUGAGUAUUCCCUGAACCCUGGGAAACAAAGGUUUGAGAAGAUGAUCAGUGGUAUGUACCUGGGUGAAAUUGUCCGCAACAUCUUGAUCGACUUCACCAAAAAGGGAUUCCUCUUCCGUGGGCAGAUCUCUGAGACACUGAAGACUCGGGGCAUCUUUCAGACCAAGUAUCUCUCUCAGAUCGAGAGUGACCGAUUAGCGCUGCUCCAGGUCCGGGCCAUCCUCCAGCAGCUGGGCCUGAACAGCACCUGUGACGACAGUAUCCUUGUCAAGAUGGUGUGCGGGGUGGUGUCCAGGAGGGCGGCACAGAUGUGUGGUGCCGGUGUGGCUGCUGUGGUGGAUAAGAUCCGCGAGAACAGGGGGCUGGACCAUCUCAGCGUGACUGUGGGGGUGGAUGGAACACUCUACAAGCUACAUCCGCACUUCUCCAGAAUCAUGUGCCAAACCGUGAAGGAACUGUCCCCAAAGUGUAAAGUGUCCUUCCUCCUGUCAGAAGAUGGCAGUGGCAAGGGGGCUGCCCUCAUCACGGCGGUGGGCGUGCGGCUCCGAGAAGAACCGAGCAGCUAAGAGUCCUGGACCCCAGCCUGCUGCCCUUCCAGAACUUCUUUCUUCAAGUGGCACCCCUGUUCUCCCCAGCGCAUUGUGCUGGGAGACGCUGGAGCCAGAGCCCCUCACUGCUGCGGGGGAGGGGGAAACAAGCCACCUAAUGGCACAUAGCAUAGGGUACAAAAUAGAGUGUGCGCUGUUGAUAAUAUCUCUCACCUCCGGAUCGCCCUCAUCUGCCCUGCCUCUCUGCAUGAUUUAAUUUCAGCCUGGUUGUACAUUCCCCAUGUGUGAAGUUUAGUGGUGUUCAUUUCUAAUUUAUGCAUUUGUCCAGCAGUUAUUUAUUGGCCCGAGAUGAAAAGUCAUACCAUCUGAAGGCCUUAGAGGCCUCUGCAGCCCGUCCUUGGGGACAUCCUCCGUGUGAAAUGUAUUAUCACCAGCAGACACUGCCAGGGCUCCUCCUGGGGGUGCUGUAGCUGCUUCCCCGUCCCAGCACCCACUGCUCUCUGGCGUCCCGAGGAUCCAGCGGGAUACGUCAGUGCCACUGAAUUGUGCAUCUGUGGAACUGAUCAUAGCUGCACUGUACCAGUUUUGCAUCCUGUCUGUCCUGGGGUGAGGGUGGGGAAAGGGUGGGCAGUCCUGCGGGUAAGUGUCUCGUCUCUGGGUAAAAGGAACCCACCAACAAACAGCCUUCACUGCAAUGUCCCAUCGCUUUUGUGAACCAUGUUGUACGACCUAGUAAACUUUGUAUCAGUUCAAA